AUGAUACAGAAACAUUUGUUGGAGCUGCAGGCGUUUGUUGCCAACAUGUACAGAGUGGACUUGGUCACUGCUGAUGGGAGUUUUGACUGCCAGGAGAACCCAGAUGAACAGGAGGCGCUGGUGGCAUCUCUUCAUUACUGCGAGGUCACAGCUGCCCUGCUGCUGCUGAGCCCAGGCGGCUCCUUUGUUCUCAAAAUGUUCACUCAUUACGAGCACUCCUCCGUUUGUCUGUUAUACCUGCUCAACUGCUGUUUCCGCAAUGUUAAUGUGUUUAAACCUGCCACCAGCAAAGCUGGCAACUCUGAAGUGGGAACUAUCUCAGAGAAUCUUGAAUUAUUUGAAAAGAUGAGCCCAGAGCAAAGGCUGAGGCUGGAUCGUAUUAGGGAUUAUGUUGCUCAAGAAUAUCUGCGGCGGUUUGAGGUGAGGUUUCUGCCCCGGAGCAGGUGGAUAUCUCGUAACACAGUGAGUCCUGCCUGUAUCAGUGUCUCUGCGGGACGACCUUUGGGACAGAAAAAGCAAACCGGCUCCUUCAACGAGCGCAGGUUGCUGCAGACCAUGAGCUGGAGUGUCCAGGUCCCACGUCCGCUGUGGGUGCUUUCCUCCUUUGCAUCGACUUUUGUCCUGAUGCCGCAGUAG